AUGGAUAAUCGCUUUUCAUCUAAAUUGUCACCUGCUAUGGAUUACGGAGCCGGUGCUUUUCUUCUAGUUAUAGCUGUGCUGUCCAUGGUGGGGAACGUGCUGGUGCUCGUCACAGCGUUCAAGAGGUUCAACCACAUGAAGCCCCCGGAGCUCCUGAGCGUGAACCUGGCCUUCACUGAUCUGGGAGCGGCCGUGACCAUGUACCCGCUGGCCAUCGCCUCGGCCUGGAACCAUGGCUGGCUCGGGGGAGAGGCCUCCUGCAUUUACUACGGCCUGAUGGGCUUCUUCUUCGGGGUCGCCAGCAUCUCCACUCUGACCAUCAUGGCGGUGGUGCGCUUCAUCGUGUCCUUAAGCCUGCAGUCUCCCAAGGAGAAGAUCAGCAAGAGGAACAUGCAGGUGCUGGUGCUGUGCUCGUGGCUGUAUGCCCUGCUGUGGGCGCUGUUCCCCGUGCUGGGCUGGGGGAAGUACGGGCCCGAGCCGUUCGGGACGGCCUGUAGCAUAGCCUGGGGCGAGAUCACGCAAAGCUCCGUCUUCAUCAUCAGCAUGUUCUCCAUGAACCUGGUCAUACCGGCCAUCAUCAUCAUCGUGUGCUACUUCGGGCUGGCGCUGAAGCUCCGCAUCGCCUACAAGUCCCUCAACAACAGUAACCAAAUCCCCAACGUAAUACGGAUGCAGAAGAAAUUAGUCACAAUCGCGGUUCUCAUUAGCGUCGGCUUCAUCGGCAGCUGGACGCCGUACGCCAUCGUUAGCCUCUGGUCCAUUUUUCACACCAGCGAGUCCAUUUCCCCAGAAGUGAGCAUUCUCCCCUGUUUCUUCGCCAAGACGUCAACGGUCUACAACCCGCUGAUCUACUACCUGUUCAGCAAGAACUUCAAGAGGGAAGUGAGAGAACUGAGGUGGCUCUGCGGGAGAUCUAAUGUGCCUGGCGAGACAAAGCAAGACAAUAUCACGGACAACCACAUCUACGCCAUGUGCCACAGGAGCAGGGUAAAAACGGUAGCUGGGGACCAAUCCGAGAGGAAGACGACAGAAAUGGAGACCAAGCCGAACUUAAUGGAAUGCCAGUGA